AUGGACCCACGCCAACGUCUGAUACGUGACUAUUCCACGGAUUCCGUGCUCACCUCACAGAGCAGGACGCAGGAACUGCCUAUGCAUGGCAACAGGUGGGCCAGUCCACAAAGUCCCCGAAGCAAGAUCAGUCUCGAAAAUCUACACGGCCAAGGAGGUUUAGAAGAUGUGCGAAAGCCAGAUCCCAACCUUACUGCAGUUGAUGAGCAAGGUCAAUACGAGCCUUCAAUCAGCACAUCAUUAACACAGCCGACGUCCGUCAGCUCAAGCUCGCGACUCGCGGAUUUCUUCAGUCCACAAGUUUUUGAGAUAGUGCUUCACAAUCCAACAACUGCUCAUCGAUUCAAGAAGUUUGCGCACUCGCGAUUAUGUGGUGAAAAUAUAGAAUUUCUCGAAAAGAUCAACGACUAUCAUCAUGCUCUGAACCAAGUUACGAAUACAGUCUUUGACAUUCACCGCAACUUCAUUUCUGCCAACGCUACGUCGCAAGUGAAUCUUCCCGAUGAUGUCCUUGUGCAGAUCAACAAGAACCUUAGGCAAGUCUUGUCAAAGACCAUGCCCAGCUUGGAGUCGAUGUUUCUCAGUGCACAGAACGACAUACAGAGACUCGUGGCGUCUGAUAUAUACCCUCGCUUCGUACGUCAUCAGAUGAGCUUGAGUGCGACCCAAGCGCUCGCUACCAACAACAACAAAUAUGCUGGAGUGGGAGAUUGCUUUGUCCUUACGAAUCCUAACAAAGCUGAUAAUCCAAUUGUCUAUGCUUCAGAUGGCUUCAUCAAAGUUACUGGCUACAGCAGGAAUGAGAUAAUACCUCGAAAUUGCAGGUUUCUCCAGGGCAGACAGACCGAUCGUGAAUCAGUGGCACGAAUAAAACAAUCCUUAGACGAGCCAGCAGAAUGUAUAGAGCUUCUGCUGAACGAAAGGAAGAACGGUGAACCAUUCUGGAAUCUGCUUUACACUGCACCCCUAUACGAUUCGACCGGCAAGCUUGCAUUCUUCAUCGGUGGUCAAAUCAAUGUAUCCACAACCGUCCACAACACAUCCGACGUCCUUCGAAUCCUCUCAUCUAAUCCCGAUGAAGAAGAACGUGAAAUCCCACAAGUAGCUCGUCCAGAACCCCCACCAGCCCGACAAAGCUUCUUCGGCUCAAUAAGAAAAUCGUUCAAGCCUGUCCCAACCCGCCAACCCGGCAUGGAAAACGGCCUCCUCGAAGACAUGCAAGAUAAACCCUUCCGCCUCCAAAAAGACGCCUUCUACACCGCCUACUCGAAAUUCCUCAUCGUCACCGUCGAAUCCAUGCUCAUCUCAUUCCACACCGCUGGUGUCGUUGAAAUGCUCUAUCCCGCCCGCGCCACCCACCAACACCACCAGAUCGUCGGCCAGGAUAUCUUCAAGUUCCUCGAUAAGCAUACGUCUACGGGUCUAUCGCGCGAUUACAAGUCCAGGGUCAAGAGCGCUUUUAGGAAUGGCGCGGCGUUGACGCUGGAUUUGUCGCUGUGUACGAGGCGGAUCAUGGGCUUUGAAAAGUUUUUGACGCAUUGGACGCCGUUGAAGAAUGAUGUUGGGACGACGACGUUUGUAGUGUUGACUUUUGGGAGUUUGCAGGAUGCGAGAUGA